AUGGGCAAGGCUUUUCCUGAAGAUAGUCGGUCAGCAGAGCUCCCCGGAGUCGUGAGCGAGACCUUGACGGGGCAGCCCCGGCCCCGCGGGGCUCGUAACACCUUAUGGGGCAGUGAGGAACCAGGAGGACAUCCACAAGGCAAGUUCGCUGCAGUUCGUCGUGCCCGUCAUCGUUCUACAGGUCAAGUGUUCGCUGCCAAAUAUGUUCGUCGACGUCGGCGGAACGUGUCGCUAGAGGGCGAGGCGAGGCACGAGGUGGCCGUCCUGGUACUGGGGCGUCUCGACCCUCACAUAGUGCAUCUCCACCACGUCUAUGAGACACGGACAGAGUACAUCAUCAUUCUGGAGUUUGCUGGCGGUGGUGACCUUCAGCGGCUUCUGGAUGAGGCCGUAUCUCUCCCGGAGUACGAGGUCAGAGGUCUCCUACAGCAGGUUCUCCGUGGUCUGGCUUUCCUUCACACUCACAUGAUCGCUCAUCUCGACAUCAAACCUCAAAACCUGGUCAUGAUGGGCGACUCUCCUGAUGCAGGUGUAAAAUUGGUGGACUUCGGGUUAUCACGUGUCAUUACUCAAGGAGCAGAAAUCACCCAGAUCAUGGGCACUCCAGACUAUGUAGCUCCUGAGGUGAUAAACUUUGAACCUGUCAACCUAUCAACUGAUAUGUGGGCUAUUGGAGUUCUGACGUACGUGUUCCUGACUGGCUGUACACCAUUUGGAGGAGACGACGACCAGGAAACUUUUGUCAACAUCACCCAAGCAGAAUUUGACUUUCCCGAAGAUUUAUUUGCCGACAUUUCCGAACAAGCUAAAGAAUUCAUCUGUGGCCUUCUUGUCAAAAAACCAAGUGACAGAAUGACUGUAGAUGAUUGUCUUAAUCACACCUGGAUGACGACGCCUUUAUCUCCUCUGCGACCUUCCAUUAUAACAGAAUCAUAUGAAGAUGAGCAGGAAGAAUCCACAGAUUACCACCCUGUGUAUGAUGCCCAUGGUUAUGGGUCCUCAUUUCCUGCUCCUAAUGACCGCCUGUAUCCAUUACCUGAAACUGACCAUGCAGACUCAGCAUAUUCAAGUGACUCGAGUAGCAGCCCAACAUUUACAGAAGGUUACAGCAGCCUGGUUGUCCCACCACUCUGCCACUGUACUAUUCCUGAAGAACAGCAACAACAAAUUCAGCAUCAACAACAUCAACACCAAAAGAAAAAUAGACAGCAAAUGCAAGUGAGUAGCACCUCAACGCUAGUAAGACGACAACGAACCAAAGCCCACCAUCUCAGUGUUGAUUUGGAGGAGACAUUACGAUCUCAUCAUCACCAUCAGCCUGUGCGGGCCACCAGGCGUGCGUCUCUCGUUCUCGAUGAUCCACGUUACCUCCAGGAAACUACGCAACAAUUUCACGAUAUAGGUAGACCACUUGCUGAAACCCAGCGACCAUUGGUUGAGGAAGGCGUUCUUACGAGAGACUCGGAUGUAGACAGCGGAGUCUCCUGUCAUGACUGUGAAGAUUCACGUGUUGAAAAUCAAAGACUGUGUCACUCGGAUUCAUAUGAUGGCGGAGACGCUGCCAGUGUCGUAUCUUGGGAUGAUUAUGCUGAUCUGGGUGGACGUAGACCUUCUCUCACACACAUUGACCCAGCUACUCUGUGUUCAGUUACAAAACCUUGGGAGAAGCUGUGUAAUGGGUCUGUGUCACGGGCAAUAACACAAUUAACUGUAAAGAAAGUUCCAAAAAAUUCUGAACUCAGAAGCUCCAAGACUGAUCUCAGAGGUUCCAAAGUUGACUUAAGAGGCUCUCGGAAUGAUCUUCACGCAUCAAAGUCUGACUUGAGGGCAUCUAAAACUGAUUUAAGAGCAUCAAAAACAGAUCUCAGGGCUUCAAAAUCAGAUUUAAGGGCUUCAAAAGCUGAAAUACGUGCCUCUAAAUCUGAUCUUAGGGCAUCAAAGGCUGAUUUAAGGGCAUCAAGACAGGACCUCCGGGCAUCAAAAUCUGACCUUCGAGCUUCUAGAUCUGAUCUAAGAGUUUCAAAAUCAGACUUGCGUGCUUCAAAGUCAGAUUUAAGGGCCUCCAAAAGUGAUCUUCGAGCAUCAAGAACAGAUCUUCGAGGAUCAAGGACAAAUCUCACUCUAUCUAGGUUGGAUCUCACCCGCGAGACCUUAGACAAUGAAUGUGUGGUGGAAGAUGAAGCGGAAGAUGUUCUACAUUGUGACCUUACAUUACCUAGGCGCAGCAAUAUCGACAGAUCAGCACUUGCCCCCUUUAUGCGUGGUAAUUCCUUGCAUAUGAGCUUCCGGGUGCCCAAGCGUAGGGACAUGCAUAUUUGAUGAUACCUACAUCUUAUAACGUCCCUCCAUUUGUACUUAACAUACGAUGAUGCUAAUAUGUUCUAGUCAUAACUUAUGUAGGAGAUGAGGUGUGGAAAGUAUGUUUAACAAGAACCUGAUUCAUGCCACUGCUUGAGCAUUUGGAAAACUGUGAGACCGCGAGUGAAAGUUUUUUAUUAACAACCAAAUAAGAGUAAUUAUGAAGACUAGAUUCAGUAUUCUAGUCCAAAGUCAUUGUCACCAAAGGCAAGCAGAUUAAAGUUACUAUUUCUGACUGUGUGUGGGACUGCAAUGGAGGUGAACAUGAUAGUGUAAAUUGUGUUUGUUGUCCUGUGUGCUCAAGCAGACGAAAUAAGAAAAAGAAAGGUUCAUCCUAAAAGUGUGCUGUUUCUCAUUUUGUGUUGACAAGACUAUAAUGAAACCACGUACUGUACCACUGAAAUUGGAUAUGUCUGAAGAAAAUGUGCUAUUGAUGUAUGGCAUCUGCUUUCUUGCCUCCUUGGUUUCUGCAGAUCACUGAAUAUUCUUGUUAUUGACAUAUAUGGUCAAUGUAAUUGAUGUAAUAAGUGAACAUAAUGUUAUAAUACAUGAACAGUUAAGAGAUCAAUCACAGAAGCUUAGAUCACCAUUGACUGAUGAUUGGUUUGUUUACUAGUCAUGCAAAAGAGGCUUUUUACCUUACCACAACCUGUGUUCUAUGGACUUAAAAAAUGGUGAAAUCCACUGGCAGUGUGCAACCUUUGCCUCCACCCAAUGCAUUAUGGUGUAUCAAGUACUAUUGUAAAAAGUAACAUUUCCAAGAAAACAUUCCCAGUUAUGUUGACAUGUAAUUUUUUUUUAACCAAAAUGCCUAAGUAAAUGUAGCUGAUCAUUUGAACCUAACUGUGUUUUACAUAGCAACUGAUUGUGUGUAUAUGGUCUUUGAUUAUUAUGAUAGGAAGUGAAACAAAUUUGUAAAAAUCAAGUAGAGACUUUAGAGCAGUCUUGGCACACUGAAAUGCACUCAUUCACAUGACGAAACAUGCAGGUGCUAUAGCAAGUAAAGUUCUCACAACUCUAUAUAUUUUUAUGUUUUUAUCUUUAUCUUCUAUUUAUAAGUUUAAUUCCCAAAUACUUGUAUGGCUUUAUCAUAAACAAGAUAAAUUCC